AUGGUCACGUCGAUUGAAUGUCCCGAGCCCAAUGGCGUUGCUCCCGUGAACGGCACUCACCGUUGUGUCGCCAAUGGCACCCUCGACAUUACAGUCUUGGGCAUGAACAGCGGGACCGCCAUGGAUGGCAUUGACUGCGCCCUCGUUCGUUAUCGUCAGGCGUCUCCUGAAGCUCCUUUGCACAUGGACCUCCUCCAGUACGACGAGAUCCCCGUCCCUCACGACAUCAAAAAGACCAUCCUCGCCAUGCUCCGCGAAACCAAAACUACCCCUUCUCUCAUGUCCCAGCUCAACGUCCAGCUCGGCACCAUGUUCGGUGAGACCGUCAAGCUCUUUUGCACGAAGCACAACAUACCCAUGGACAGCAUCGACCUGAUUGGCUCCCACGGCCAGACCAUUUGGCUUCUCUCCAUGCCCGAGGCUGGCGAGAUCCGGUCCGCCUUCUGCCUUGGCGAGGGAACUAUCAUGAGCAGCCUGACCCACAUCACUACAGUCACCGACUUCCGCAUGGCUGAACAGGCGGUCGGCCGCCAAGGUGCGCCUCUCGUCGCUUUGAUCGACGGUCUCCUCCUUCACCACCUCACCGAGUGGCGCAUCUGCCAAAACAUCGGCGGCAUCGCUAACCUCUGCGUCAUUCCACCCGAUAGCGAGGGUGGCGUCGACGCUAUGGUCGACUGGGACUGCGGCCCGGGCAACAUGUUCAUCGACGCCGCGAUGCGCUACUUCACCAACGGCGAGAUGGAGUAUGACCGCGACGGCGAGUGGGGGGUACAGGGUACCGUGAACCAGGCAGUAGUCGAUAAGUUCCUCGACAAUAACAAGUACUGCAACCGUCUGCCUCCCAAGACGACGGGUCGCGAGGUCUUCGGCGACAACGAGGCCCAGGAGAUAAUCGACGAGUGCUUAGCCCUAGGCAUGAGCAAGUACGACACCGUCGCCACCAUCACCCGCAUGACAGCCCAGAACAUCGUCAAGCAGUACCGCACUUUCUUCCCGAAGUUCAAUAUCGACAUCGACAAGAUCGCCGGUGUCUACAUGUGCGGUGGUGGUGCCCGAAACCCGAAUAUCAUCAAAUACCUCAAGAGUCAGCUACCAAAUUCGAAGAUUCUCAGGCUCGAUGAGACAGGGGUGCCUUCCGAUGCCAAGGAGGCUGUCUCGUUUGCUCAGCAGGCUCUCGAGGCUAUUCUGGGCCGUGCCGCUCUGGUUCCAAUUAACAGCGACUCGUUGAUGCCCAACACCAUCUCGGGUAAAAUUGCACCAGGAUUGCGGUGGAGAGAGGUCAUGGCGAUGGCAGUGGAAUUCGGAAAAGGUCAAGGACAGCUGCCGACGGUCAAGGAGAUGGUGAUCGACCGGCCGUACACCGCUUGGAAACCUUAA